AUGAAACGUUUAUUAAAUGGCGCAAAGCAUUUGCUAAACGGUGGGAGUCUUGGUUAUCUCGCAGCAGGUGAACCAUAUCAACCUUUUGGAGAAGAAUUUGGAUUAACUGUAUUUCCAGACUACCUUCAUGUGGGGGAGAAAAUGUCCUUACGAAAAGGGUAUGUAGAUGUGUAUAUACAAAAAUCUGCAUCAAUUAGAUUAAGUGAUGGUCGUUUUCAAUUACCACCACUUCCUCCAAAAUCUUUUAUAUCGUUAAUAGAACGUAUUGAGCAAGAUAAGAUAGUGCCACGCGGAUGGUUAAAUAAUCAGACGGCAAAUCUUUAUGAACCUGGUGACUUUAUACGUGCACAUAUUGAUAACCUUUUUGUUUAUGAUGAUAUAUUUGCUAUAGUUUCUCUUGGUGCUAAUGCUUUACUACGUUUUGUACAUGUGCAAAAUGGAGAGGAAUUAGAUGUAGUUGUACCAGAUGGUAGUUUAUAUAUUAUGUCCGGACCUGCCCGGUAUGUGUACUUUCAUAUGGUUUUACCUGUAGAAACUCAACGUUUUAGUAUUGUAUUUAGACGAUCUAUUUUAAAUUCUGAUGGUGGAUUUAGACCAGUAACAACACCAUUGGGAGAUCUUAUGUCUUAUCGAUCAACACAAAUUUUAAAUACUUUGUAUGCGAAACAAAUAGGCGGUGUACGUGUUACAGUAGAUGAUAAAUACCUUGAAAAAGAAGAAAUAGGUGCCUUUGAUACUGCAAAAUGGGUAAAGGGUUUACAUCCACUACGAGAUUGGUCCUUAUUGUCACAGUUGGAUGAGGAUGAAGCUAGAGUACAGGAGUUGAAGAAUCAACGUUUUCUAGAUGUUGAUCUUAGUUGGAGGUUUGCUGAAUUAAGGAAACAGUACAAGGAACUAGAAAGUCUCCUGAGUAUCUAA